AUGAUGAAAUAUAAAGAUAUAGUACCAAUUGGUACAGUAUUAAUUACAUCAGCCACAUCAUUUGGAUUAGGUUUAAUUUAUAGUAAUUGGCCUUAUGAUUUAAAUACAUUAUGGAGGCAUAAUGAUCCAAAUGGAUUAAGUAAAUCAUUAGUUCAUUAUCAAACUUGGGGUGAAUCACCAAUGUAUAUUCAUUACACUUUACAUGCUAUAGCAUUUAUAGGGUUAAUUGGACAUUUUAUAAAAUUAUAUAAACCAGAUGAAGAAGCAAAAUAUUUUGAAUAUGGUUCAUUAGGAUUAUUCAUGAUUUCAAUAAUUAUUUAUUUAACAAAUUUGAGAACUGGUGUUAAUUCCUGUAUUACUGGAGAAUGGGGUGAUGUCGAUUUUGGAACUGGUAUAAAUGUAAUGGCUGCAUCACAAGUUAUGAUUUUAUUAGCAUUAAUUGGAGUUUUGGUUUUACAAGGUGGAUUAUAUUAUGCUCAAUGGUAUGAUGAACAAUUAAAGAUUGAAUUUUAUGAAAAUGAAGCUAGAGAAGCUGCUGCUGCUGCUGAAAAACAAGCUAAACAAGAAGAGGAAUUAGCUAGCGGUGGUAAUAAGGCAGAAGUUGUUGAUGUUGAAAUUGAAGAUGAUUCUACUGCUACUGCUACAAAAGGUAAAAAGAAAUCUAUCAAGAAGAGAAAAUCAUAA